AAGCAGUGGCGGCCUUCGGCGAGUUGAUGGGCUAUGAGCUAUUGCUGAACGUCACUGGGACCCGCGUGGCCUGGCGAGACCUGUUUGACGACGCCAUCAGGCUUGCCGACAACGGCGUCCAGGUGUACGAGCAGCUGGCCGAAGGCAUCGCCGAAGUCGCCAGCGACCCGGACAGCCACAUCCAGAAGUUCCUGACCGACCCGAACACGACGCACGUGCUGAAGACGGGCGACACGUACUACAACAAGAAGCUGGCCGAGACACUGCGCAAGAUAGCGGGAAGCAGCAAGAAAGGCCGCUUCUUCCACUCGGGAGAUGAGAUCGAGGCCAUGGUCGGGGAGCUCAGGGAACUCGGCGGCAUCCACACCCUCAAGGACUUCCAGGAGUUCCGAGCCGAGGCGCCGGCCCCGACGUGGGCGCUGCUGUCGCAGGACGAGUGGCUGUUCACGACCCCGGUGCCGACGUCGGGCCCCGUGCUCGCCUUCGUGGUGUCGGUGCUCGACAAGUUCCGGCACCGGGGCCGCAUGCCCGACGACGAGCUCAGCAUCCACCGGCUCGUCGAGGCGCUCAAGUUCGGGUUCGCCAGGCGCUUCAUGCUGGGAGAUCCCGAAGCCGUCGAGAUCAAGAAGGUCAGUCAAUGGGCGCUGCUCGAAAAACCACUGUCGUCUUCGUGUUCGUCGUUGUCGUGA